UUGUAAAUCGAAUUGCACAGAUUAGUGUUAUAAACAUAUAUAUAUUUCGUCGUAAGACUCUACGAAAUGCUUUUGGCUCGCUUAGCGCAUCUCGUUUCCGGGCGCUCGGCCAGGCUGCUCUGCAAGGCGCCCCUCAGUUGCUCCCAGGGACUGUGGAAGUCGGCGCAGCAGGCGCCGAAAUGCAGGUUCAGUGGAAUGCCGUUCCAGGCGCUCAAGCCGAAGAGGGGGCUGCUGCAGCCGCAGCUGAGACGCAACUACACGGAGGAGCACGGAGAUCGUAAUCGUUCUCACCUGGAGCACCGGAGCAAAGCGCCCACACUGAAGGAGCGAAUGAUGGGGCCGCCCACCGAGAACGCCUACUCCAUGGGCAAGGGCGCGGCGGCGGGCGCCGCACUGAUGGGCAUCGUCGCGCUGUGCUACUACGGCCUGGGCCUGGCCAAUCAGCCGAGCAUCUACGACCAUUCGUACAUGUGGCCGCAGUACGUGAGGGAUCGCAUCCACGCCACCUACGCCUACUUUGGCGCCUCCUGCGCCGUGACGGCCGCCGCCGCAACGGCCGUCUUCCAGUCGGAGCCGCUGCUCAAUCUAAUCAUGCGCAGCGGCUGGCUGGCCACCUUGGUCACCAUGGGCCUGGUCAUGGGCACCGGAGCCCUGACCCAGGCGCUGGACUACGAGCCGGGAAUCGGCAUGAAGCAAUUGGCCUGGGCCCUGCACUGCGGCGUCAUGGGCGCCGUCGUUGCGCCCAUGUGCUUCAUGGGCGGCCCCGUCUUGGUGCGCGCCCUGCUCUACACGUCCGGCAUUGUGGGCGCCCUCUCCACGGUGGCCGCGUGCGCGCCCAGCGACCGAUUCCUGCACAUGGGCGGACCCCUGGCCAUUGGCUUGGGCAUCAUCUUCGCCUCGUCGCUGGCCAACAUGUGGCUGCCGCCAACGACAGCCAUUGGCGCCGGCCUCGCCUCGAUGUCCCUGUACGGCGGCUUGAUUCUGUUCAGCGGAUUUCUGCUCUACGACACUCAGCGCAUUGUCAAGGCCGCUGAGAGCUAUCCGGAGCAUGGCUACGUCCGCUACGACCCGAUCAACCACGCCCUGGCCAUCUACAUGGACGCCCUCAACAUAUUCAUACGCAUCGCCAUCAUCUUGGCCUCUGGAGACCAGCGCAAGAAGAAGUGAGCAAAGCGGCAGACAGUUGAAGAGAGACAUUCCAAAUUGCAUUAGUACAUAUUUUCUGGUUGAGGUUUUUUACAAAAUUGUGCAUAUUUCGAUUUAAUCAGUACAGGAACAUUAACA